AUGUACAACGUGUCUGCCGAAAGCGACAGGCAGCGAACGCUUCUGCUCAGCGUCCGCAAAACCAACCGCAAAACCAACAGCAAGACCAACUGGCGGGAGCAGGCGCUGCGCCGCCGAAAGGUGGCCGACUGUCAGAUCAUUGGCUGUGUCAUCACCUCCGGACUGCUGAUCCUGCUCGCCGGACUCGGCAUGUUCCUCGCGGCCUGGUUCGUCCUCGGCAAGGACGACCCGUUCAUCCUUAUUGGUCCCGUGUUCGCCGGCUGCGGUAUCGUGGUGCUUCUGCUCAGCGUGGAGGUAUGCGUUCGACGCCAGAAGGUCAUCAAACUGACAGAGGACCUUAGCUCAGAUGAUGAAGGGGACGGCCACUACAUCGACGAGGGCCUGGUCAACUACGGGUUCGGCAACUACUCCGGCGACCCGGCACCGGCCGCCAUAGUCACCAAGUCGCCCAAACGGUCACCGAUUAUCGUCAAGCCCUCUGCUGACGCCGAGUAUAAGCCGUCGUUUGAUGUAGAAGGCCGCCUCCGACCCGAGGACCGGCCCCAAGUGAACAUCCUGGCGCCCACGCCGGACGCCUCGGAAGAAAUCCUAGACGUCUCCAUGACCCAGGAGCACAUCGAGCUCCUGCUAUCCCCACAGGGGGGCCGCGGAUAGCUAGCCGUGCCCACCGAGGAGAGCCUGCUGCGGGAGCGUCACAGGAAACAGGAGGAGGAGCGGAAGGAGCGCCUGGAGCAGGAGCGGGCCGACCGCCGCAGGAGGCGGCUGAGGGUCCGCCUGCCAGUCGAGGAUGAGGAGGAGAAGGAGGAUGUGCCCAGUAGUAUCACAGAACCAGAGGACCGACUGAGGGUCAUCAAUGAGAUUAUUGAGAUGACCUCCGCGGACGCUGGUGAAGGUAGGGAGACGGACGGCGGCGCUGGUGGUGUUGGUGACUCCUCUGGUGUUGGUGAUGAGGUGGUGAUUGUGGACGAGACAGCUCGCUCCCCUGUGGACGGCAGGGUGCGACUGGCACCCCUGGAUACGUCGCCACCUAGUGUGAAUCGGUGGCUGGACUCGGCCCGAAAACGGAGGUGACUCGAUCGGGACAGAGUGACAUGGAAUAAUAGUGCUGUGUGCUUUCUCCGUGUAAGGUUCGUUACAUUCCCCCUUGAUGCGACAACGGUGGUUUUUGUCACCGAUAUCGUUCACAGGCACGGUUCUCCUCUCUACUACACAACUAAGCGCUGGAAGAAGACGGUAUCAACGCAAUGAGAACGUUGUGGAUGCGAAGACGUGGCGUGUGAACACAAUGGCACCAGGAAUGCUGGACACAGCGGUGCCUUUAGAUUCUUCAGCUAGUGUUAGUUACCAUGCUAUGGACUCGGUAUACAGACGUUCUUAGCAGUAUCGGAUAUCCAUACAUUCGUACCUACUUGACAAGUCUGUGCAAAAAAGAGCAGUGUUCUAUCUUUUAUUUGAUUGCGAAGCAUCUUGACAACAUCGCAUGAUAGGUGGUAGUGUUGGAACAUCACAAUGCUGAUCGAUAUUUCAUGAUUUCAAUGUUUCAGAAUAACCUAGAUGUAGGCUUCGCCUCUUUUCCCUGUAUUCCACCCCAUUCGCACAAUCCGUAUAAACGAACUUGGUUUCUGCAAAGGUUAUUAUACAGUUUGAUGAUGCUGAUGUCAGACUGAGGCUGAGCGUUACGCCAACA